CAAAGAAAUUGAAGGAUGUUCUUGAAGAAUUCCAUGGUAAUGGUGUGCUUGCAAAGUAUAAUCCUGAAGGGAAACAAGACAUUCUUAACCAAACAAUAGAUUUUGAAGGUUUCAAGCUAUUCAUGAAGACAUUCCUGGAAGCAGAGCUUCCUGAUGAUUUCACUGCACACCUUUUCAUGUCAUUUAGCAACAAGUUUCCUCAUUCUAGUCCAAUGGUAAAAAGUAAGCCUGCUCUUCUUUCAGGUGGUCUAAGAAUGAAUAAAGGCGUCAUCACCCCUCCCCGUACCUCUCCAGCAAAUACAUGUUCCCCAGAAGUAAUCCAUCUGAAGGACAUUGUCUGUUACCUGUCUCUCCUUGAAAGAGGAAGACCUGAGGAUAAACUUGAAUUUAUGUUUCGCCUUUAUGACACGGAUGGGAAUGGCUUCCUUGACAGCUCGGAGCUAGAAAAUAUCAUCAGUCAAAUGAUGCAUGUUGCAGAAUACCUUGAAUGGGAUGUCACAGAACUUAAUCCAAUCCUCCAUGAAAUGAUGGAAGAAAUAGACUAUGACCAUGAUGGCACUGUCUCUCUGGAGGAGUGGAUCCAAGGGGGAAUGACAACAAUCCCACUUCUUGUGCUCCUGGGCUUGGAAAAUAAUGUGAAGGAUGACGGACAGCAUGUGUGGCGGCUCAAGCACUUUAAUAAACCUGCCUACUGCAAUCUUUGCCUAAACAUGCUGAUUGGCGUGGGGAAGCAGGGCCUCUGCUGCUCCUUCUGUAAGUACACAGUCCAUGAACGCUGUGUGGCUAGAGCGCCUCCCUCUUGCAUCAAGACCUAUGUGAAGUCCAAAAAGAACACUGAUGUCAUGCACCAUUACUGGGUUGAAGGCAACUGCCCAACAAAGUGUGAUAAGUGCCACAAAACAGUUAAAUGUUACCAGGGGCUGACAGGACUGCACUGUGUUUGGUGUCAGAUCACACUGCAUAAUAAAUGUGCUUCUCAUCUAAAACCUGAGUGUGACUGUGGACCUUUGAAGGACCAUAUUUUACCACCCACAACAAUCUGUCCAGUGGUACUG